AUGCGCUUCUUCGCAAUCUUUCUCUUCGCCGCUACAACACUGGCACUCUCUCCAAGAGGCGUCGUGGAUGACGCUGGGCAUGAUGUCUUUAACCUCGAGAAGCGUCAGUGCAUAGAUCCUCCUAUCUGCUAUUCUAAUGGAGAUUGCUGCGGAUCUUGCUGCGACAAGAACACUAGCAAAUGCUGUCCUCGUGGAUGUACCCUAUUUAAUAUUUGUGCCUAG